GUUCAUCAAAAAAAGAAAAAAGAAAAAAAAAGAGAUACCAGUACCACAUGAGUGAGUCACAAGACCGACAGAAGCCAGAAGCUCCCUUAUUAAUUAGGUUGUGUUAACGUAAUUCAAAAUAGAAAAGAAAUAAACUUUAUCCAGCAAACCGGCGCACUGACAAGCAAGCAGUGUUCCGGUGACCGAAAGUUUCGGUUCACGGAGGUUUUAGCAAGUGUCGUGUCUUUCAAAUUUAUCAAAUCAAAUAAUGUCUUCCACCACCACGGACAAACCAAUGGACUCCGACAACGUAAUUGUCGAUGAUAAGUACAACAUUGAAGCCGCAGAAAUUCUUGCCAAUGAGGCUCAGCAUUUGCCUAUUACCGAGGCGGCGCCGUUAUACGAGCAACUUCUAACACUGUUUCCCACCGCUGCAAAAUAUUGGAAACAAUAUGUUGAGGCACACAUGGCUGUGAAUAAUGAUGAUGCUACAAAACAGCUAUUUAGCCGUUGUUUAUUAAACUGCCUUCAAAUACCUCUCUGGCGGUGCUACAUUCGUUUCAUUAGAAAGGUCAAUGAGAAGAAGGGGAUAGAGGGUCAAGAAGAGACUAGAAAAGCUUUUGAUUUUAUGCUCAGCUAUCUUGGAGCAGAUAUAGCAUCUGGGCCUGUCUGGAUGGAAUACAUCACCUUCUUAAAGACAUUGCCGGCUCAAAACACUCAGGAAGAGUCCCAAAGGAUGACUGCUGUUAGGAAAGUAUACCAAAAAGCUAUCAUCACGCCUACUCAUCACAUUGAACAACUUUGGAAGGACUAUGAGAACUUUGAAAAUUCUGUUAGCCGCCAACUGGCCAAAGGACUGUUGUCUGAAUAUCAACCGAAAUAUAAUAGUGCCAGGGCUGUCUACAGAGAGCGGAAAAAAUAUGUUGAUGAAAUUGACUGGAAUAUGCUUGCUGUACCACCAUCUGGUUCUUACAAGGAAGAACUGCAAUGGAUGGCAUGGAAACGGCUGUUAGCUUUUGAGAAAGGAAACCCACAAAGGAUAGACAGUGCGUCCUCCAACAAGCGAAUUAUAUUCACUUAUGAACAGUGUCUGAUGUAUCUAUACCAUUAUCCUGAUAUAUGGUAUGACUAUGCUACAUGGCAUGCAAAAACUGGUUCAAUAGAUGCUGCAGUCAAAGUAUUUCAGCGAGCUUUGAAGGCUCUUCCUGACUCAGAAAUGCUGAGGUAUGCCUACGCAGAGCUGGAGGAAUCUCGUGGAGCAAUUCAGUCUGCAAAGAAAAUAUAUGAAAGCCUUCUAGGGGAUGGGGUUAACACAACAGCACUUGCUCAUAUACAAUUUAUUCGCUUUUUAAGGAGAACUGAGGGUGUUGAAGCAGCUCGCAAGUACUUUUUAGAUGCUCGAAAAUCCCCAAACUGCACGUACCAUGUUUAUGUCGCUUAUGCAAUGAUGGCCUUUUGUCUUGACAAAGAUCCAAAGGUUGCACACAAUGUUUUUGAAGCAGGAUUGAAACGGUUUAUGCAUGAGCCUGUAUACAUUCUUGAAUAUGCAGAUUUUUUGACACGCUUGAAUGAUGAUAGAAAUAUCCGGGCCUUAUUUGAGCGGGCACUAAGUUCACUGCCACCAGAGGAAUCUGUUGAGGUCUGGAAACGAUUCACCCAUUUUGAGCAAACUUAUGGAGAUCUGGCUAGCAUGUUGAAGGUUGAACAAAGAAGGAAAGAAGCUCUUUCUAGAACAGGGGAAGAGGGACCGUCAGCUUUAGAGGGAUCAUUGCAAGAUGUUGUAUCACGUUAUACUUUCAUGGAUCUAUGGCCAUGCUCUUCAAAUGACUUGGAUCAUUUGGCACGGCAAGAGUGGCUUGCUAAAAAUAUUAAUAAGAAAAUUGAGAAGUCAGCUCUGCCUAGUGGACCUGGGUCUGUAGAUAAAGUUUCUACGGGCCUGAUGAGCAAUUCAAAUGUGUCUGCAAAGGUUGUUUAUCCUGAUAUUUCUAAGAUGCUGAUUUAUGACCCAAGGCAAAAAUCUGGGAUGGAAAUUCUUCCAAGCACUACAGCAUCUAGCAACUUAUCGAACCCAAUUGUUUCAAUAGUGGGAGGUGGAACAACAAAUGCAUUUGAUGAAAUACUAAAAGCAACACCGCCUGCAUUGGUAGCAUUUUUAGCAAGCUUGCCUGCUGUUGAGGGUCCAGCUCCGGAUGUGGAUAUUGUAUUAUCAAUUUGUUUGCAGAGUGAUAUACCGGCAGGGUAUUCUGGAAAAUCAGGGGCUUCCCUGGCGCAGUUGUCAGGAGGUCCUGCUCCUAGUUUAAGCGAUGUCUCUGGUUCAAGCAAGGCCCAUCCCAUCCUGAGUGGUUCAUCUUUCAAACCAACUAGAGACAGACAAUCCGGGAAAAGGAAAGAUCUGGACAGGCAAGAGGAUGAUGAAACUGUUACUGUCCAAAGCCAACCACUACCUAGAGAUGUUUUCAGGAUACGACAGAUCCAGAAAGCUCGAGCAGGGACCACUUCACAGACAGGAUCAGCUUCAUAUGGAAGUGCACUUUCAGGAGAUCUAUCUGGUAGCACUGGCUGAAGCGUUUUCCCAUCUCUUUCUUUUUCAAAUUUUCCCUUUUUUUUGUAUUAAUUUUCUCCCCCAAUUUUUUAUGUUUAUUUUUUAUUUUUUAGAUCUUAGAUGUAAAUUAUUCUUUAGUUAUUCAAUAAAUUAUUUUUGCUUUCUUA